AUGAAGGCACGCUUGAGAUCAAAGGUAUGGUGGCCCCGUAUCGAUAAAGACGUAGAACAAUUAGUAAAGGCCUGUAAAGGUUGUACGUUAGUGGGUUUGCCAAACCCAACUGCACCAAUGAAGAGACGAGAGUUGCCUGCAGCUCCAUGGAUAGAUGUCACAAUGGAGCUAAUGGGACCAUUGCCAAGUAACGAGUAUCUGUUAGUAGUGGUCGACUACUAUAGCCGAUACAAAGAAGUAAACAAUUACAAAAACAUCACAAGCUUACAGAUUAUUAAAAUAGUAAAAGAAAUGUUCAGUAGACUUGGUUAUCCUAUUUCUAUCACCGCAGAUAAUGGCAAGCAGUUCGUUAGUGAAGAGUUUCGAUCUUUCUGCAAAGAAUGUAACAUUAAGUUAUUUAGUACUGUACCAUAUUGGCCUCAAAUGAUCGGCGAAGUUUAA